AUUCGAGCAGCGGUAACUAUUGUUAUUCAGUGCUAUCGUCCAGCUCUCGACAUAGCCAAUCUGAGUGUACUGUCUUGGACACGAGAGGGCAUCAGGAAAGGCGGCCUUGACGAAAUGCAAAUUUAUCAGCUUUGA